AUGCGUCGCGAGCGUCGCAUCGAGCCGACGUCGUUCGACGCGAUCGUCGUCGGCACGGGCCUGCCCGAGUCGCUGCUGGCGGCGGCGCUGUCUCUGGCGGGGCGGCGCGUGCUGCACGUGGACUGCUCCGGCUUCUACGGGUCGCACUGGGCGUCGCUGCCGCUCGACCAGCUCGCGCAGUGGGCGGCGAGCGGCGGGCGCAUUCCGCCUCCGGGGGAGAACGAGGACGCGCAAACCAACGGGUUUGCGGACGACGACGACGAGCGCGGGGAGGAUGAGCGGAGAGCAGAUGGGGAAAGCGCGGAGGGGGACGGCGGAGUGCUGAGCGGCGAGGAGGGUGCAGGACGGGGAGACGGGGAGGCGAGUGCGGAGGGGAGGCAGGAGGGAGAAAACGAAGGCGUGGGCGCAACUGAAGAUGGCGCGCGCACGAACGGGGACUCAGACGCGGGCGCGGCGGGGGGGGAAGAUGCAGUUUCCGGCGCAGGCACAGACGCAGGGGCAGAUGCAGUCGCAGGCGCGGGCGAGGCGUCACUGGAGGAGCGCGUGCGGGGGGGGGCGGUGAGGGCGGUGGCGCUGGGGUCGUCGGAGGACGGCGCGCUCUACUCGCGCGUGUCCACCGCCACGUGGCUGCCACGCGCCUCCCACGAGCCCUUCCACCCCGCGCGCCUGCCGGUGGAGCUGGGCGAGGCGCGGCGCUAUGCGGUGGAUCUGGCGGGGCCGCGCGUGGUGAUGUGCGGCGGGGACGCCGUGCGCGUGCUCGUGCGCUCCGGCGCGCACCACUACGUGGAGUUCAAGGCCGUGCAGGCCCUGCACUGCUGGCAGCGGGGGGCGGACGGGAAGGCGCGCGGGGAGAGUGGUGCACAGGGGCAGGGCGGUGGGGCGGAAGGGGGGCUGGUGCGGGUGCCGACGAGUCGGGGCGACGUGUUUCAGGACCGGCAGCUGCCCCUGGCGGACAAGCGCCGCCUCAUGCGCUUCUUCCACUCCGCCUCCCCCCUCUCCGCCCCCCCUCGCCCCCCUGCCCCCGCUGCUGCCACUGCUGGUGGCGGUGGUGGCGCGAGGGAAGGCGGGGACGAGGGAAGUGGGCAGGUGGGGGCGGAGGGGAAGGAGGGGAAGGAGGAGGGGAAGGCGGCGAGUGGCAGCGAGGCGGAGGGGGAGGGGACCCCAUGGCCCUCUGGUCCACACUGCUUGCCCUCGUGCCUGCUCACCCUCGUGCCUGCUCACCCUCGUGCCUGCUCACCCUCGUGCCUGCUCACCCUCGUGCCUGCUCACCCUCGUGCCUGCUCACCCUCGUGCCUGCUCACCCUCGUGCCUGCUCACCCUCGUGCCUGCUCACCCUCGUGCCUGCUCACCCUCGUGCCUGCUCACCCUCGUGCCUGCUCACCCUCGUGCCUGCUCACCCUCGUGCCUGCUCACCCUCGUGCCUGCUCACCCUCGUGCCUGCUCACCCUCGUGCCUGCUCACCCUCGUGCCUGCUCACCCUCGUGCCUGCUCACCCUCGUGCCUGCUCACCCUCGUGCCUGCUCACCCUCGUGCCUGCUCACCCUCGUGCCUGCUCACCCUCGUGCCUGCUCACCCUCGUGCCUGCUCACCCUCGUGCCUGCUCACCCUCGUGCCUGCUCACCCUCGUGCCUGCUCACCCUCGUGCCUGCUCACCCUCGUGCCUGCUCACCCUCGUGCCUGCUCACCCUCGUGCCUGCUCACCCUCGUGCCUGCUCACCCUCGUGCCUGCUCACCCUCGUGCCUGCUCACCCUCGUGCCUGCUCACCCUCGUGCCUGCUCACCCUCGUGCCUGCUCACCCUCGUGCCUGCUCACCCUCGUGCCUGCUCACCCUCGUGCCUGCUCACCCUCGUGCCUGCUCACCCUCGUGCCUGCUCACCCUCGUGCCUGCUCACCCUCGUGCCUGCUCACCCUCGUGCCUGCUCACCCUCGUGCCUGCUCACCCUCGUGCCUGCUCACCCUCGUGCCUGCUCACCCUCGUGCCUGCUCACCCUCGUGCCUGCUCACCCUCGUGCCUGCUCACCCUCGUGCCUGCUCACCCUCGUGCCUGCUCACCCUCGUGCCUGCUCACCCUCGUGCCUGCUCACCCUCGUGCCUGCUCACCCUCGUGCCUGCUCACCCUCGUGCCUGCUCACCCUCGUGCCUGCUCACCCUCGUGCCUGCUCACCCUCGUGCCUGCUCACCCUCGUGCCUGCUCACCCUCGUGCCUGCUCACCCUCGUGCCUGCUCACCCUCGUGCCUGCUCACCCUCGUGCCUGCUCACCCUCGUGCCUGCUCACCCUCGUGCCUGCUCACCCUCGUGCCUGCUCACCCUCGUGCCUGCUCACCCUCGUGCCUGCUCACCCUCGUGCCUGCUCACCCUCGUGCCUGCUCACCCUCGUGCCUGCUCACCCUCGUGCCUGCUCACCCUCGUGCCUGCUCACCCUCGUGCCUGCUCACCCUCGUGCCUGCUCACCCUCGUGCCUGCUCACCCUCGUGCCUGCUCACCCUCGUGCCUGCUCACCCUCGUGCCUGCUCACCCUCGUGCCUGCUCACCCUCGUGCCUGCUCACCCUCGUGCCUGCUCACCCUCGUGCCUGCUCACCCUCGUGCCUGCUCACCCUCGUGCCUGCUCACCCUCGUGCCUGCUCACCCUCGUGCCUGCUCACCCUCGUGCCUGCUCACCCUCGUGCCUGCUCACCGUUGUGCCUGCUCACCCUCGUGCCUGCUCACCCUCGUGCCUGCUCACCCUCGUGCCUGCUCACCCUCGUGCCUGCUCACCCUCGUGCCUGCUCACCCUCGUGCCUGCUCACCCUCGUGCCUGCUCACCCUCGUGCCUGCUCACCCUCGUGCCUGCUCACCCUCGUGCCUGCUCACCCUCGUGCCUGCUCACCCUCGUGCCUGCUCACCCUCGUGCCUGCUCACCCUCGUGCCUGCUCACCCUCGUGCCUGCUCACCCUCGUGCCUGCUCACCCUCGUGCCUGCUCACCCUCGUGCCUGCUCACCCUCGUGCCUGCUCACCCUCGUGCCUGCUCACCCUCGUGCCUGCUCACCCUCGUGCCUGCUCACCCUCGUGCCUGCUCACCCUCGUGCCUGCUCACCCUCGUGCCUGCUCACCCUCGUGCCUGCUCACCCUCGUGCCUGCUCACCCUCGUGCCUGCUCACCCUCGUGCCUGCUCACCCUCGUGCCUGCUCACCCUCGUGCCUGCUCACCCUCGUGCCUGCUCACCCUCGUGCCUGCUCACCCUCGUGCCUGCUCACCCUCGUGCCUGCUCACCCUCGUGCCUGCUCACCCUCGUGCCUGCUCACCCUCGUGCCUGCUCACCCUCGUGCCUGCUCACCCUCGUGCCUGCUCACCCUCGUGCCUGCUCACCCUCGUGCCUGCUCACCCUCGUGCCUGCUCACCCUCGUGCCUGCUCACCCUCGUGCCUGCUCACCCUCGUGCCUGCUCACCCUCGUGCCUGCUCACCCUCGUGCCUGCUCACCCUCGUGCCUGCUCACCCUCGUGCCUGCUCACCCUCGUGCCUGCUCACCCUCGUGCCUGCUCACCCUCGUGCCUGCUCACCCUCGUGCCUGCUCACCCUCGUGCCUGCUCACCCUCGUGCCUGCUCACCCUCGUGCCUGCUCACCCUCGUGCCUGCUCACCCUCGUGCCUGCUCACCCUCGUGCCUGCUCACCCUCGUGCCUGCUCACCCUCGUGCCUGCUCACCCUCGUGCCUGCUCACCCUCGUGCCUGCUCACCCUCGUGCCUGCUCACCCUCGUGCCUGCUCACCCUCGUGCCUGCUCACCCUCGUGCCUGCUCACCCUCGUGCCUGCUCACCCUCGUGCCUGCUCACCCUCGUGCCUGCUCACCCUCGUGCCUGCUCACCCUCGUGCCUGCUCACCCUCGUGCCUGCUCACCCUCGUGCCUGCUCACCCUCGUGCCUGCUCACCCUCGUGCCUGCUCACCCUCGUGCCUGCUCACCCUCGUGCCUGCUCACCCUCGUGCCUGCUCACCCUCGUGCCUGCUCACCCUCGUGCCUGCUCACCCUCGUGCCUGCUCACCCUCGUGCCUGCUCACCCUCGUGCCUGCUCACCCUCGUGCCUGCUCACCCUCGUGCCUGCUCACCCUCGUGCCUGCUCACCCUCGUGCCUGCUCACCCUCGUGCCUGCUCACCCUCGUGCCUGCUCACCCUCGUGCCUGCUCACCCUCGUGCCUGCUCACCCUCGUGCCUGCUCACCCUCGUGCCUGCUCACCCUCGUGCCUGCUCACCCUCGUGCCUGCUCACCCUCGUGCCUGCUCACCCUCGUGCCUGCUCACCCUCGUGCCUGCUCACCCUCGUGCCUGCUCACCCUCGUGCCUGCUCACCCUCGUGCCUGCUCACCCUCGUGCCUGCUCACCCUCGUGCCUGCUCACCCUCGUGCCUGCUCACCCUCGUGCCUGCUCACCCUCGUGCCUGCUCACCCUCGUGCCUGCUCACCCUCGUGCCUGCUCACCCUCGUGCCUGCUCACCCUCGUGCCUGCUCACCCUCGUGCCUGCUCACCCUCGUGCCUGCUCACCCUCGUGCCUGCUCACCCUCGUGCCUGCUCACCCUCGUGCCUGCUCACCCUCGUGCCUGCUCACCCUCGUGCCUGCUCACCCUCGUGCCUGCUCACCCUCGUGCCUGCUCACCCUCGUGCCUGCUCACCCUCGUGCCUGCUCACCCUCGUGCCUGCUCACCCUCGUGCCUGCUCACCCUCGUGCCUGCUCACCCUCGUGCCUGCUCACCCUCGUGCCUGCUCACCCUCGUGCCUGCUCACCCUCGUGCCUGCUCACCCUCGUGCCUGCUCACCCUCGUGCCUGCUCACCCUCGUGCCUGCUCACCCUCGUGCCUGCUCACCCUCGUGCCUGCUCACCCUCGUGCCUGCUCACCCUCGUGCCUGCUCACCCUCGUGCCUGCUCACCCUCGUGCCUGCUCACCCUCGUGCCUGCUCACCCUCGUGCCUGCUCACCCUCGUGCCUGCUCACCCUCGUGCCUGCUCACCCUCGUGCCUGCUCACCCUCGUGCCUGCUCACCCUCGUGCCUGCUCACCCUCGUGCCUGCUCACCCUCGUGCCUGCUCACCCUCGUGCCUGCUCACCCUCGUGCCUGCUCACCCUCGUGCCUGCUCACCUACCCACGCCACGCCACCUGUACGGCACGGAGGCGGGCAUGAUGGUGGCGCUGUACGGCAUGGGCGAGCUCGCCCAGGCCUUCUGCCGCCUCGCUGCCGUCAAAGGCGCCCUCUAUGUGCUGCGUCGGCCAGUGGCGUCUCUUCUAGUGAAUGCACACACGGGGCGGUGUGAGGGAGUGGCGUUGGAGGACGGGCAGCUGCUGGGCUCGCCCCUCGUGCUCCUCGGCCCCUCCUUCCUCCCCAACCCACUGCCCCCCGCACCAUCCGCCGCACCACCCGCAGCACCACCCUCAGCAGAGCCCGCAGCAGUGAGCGGCAGUGUUGAAGCACGUGGGAGCGCAGCAGGUGGCAGUGACACGUGUGUGGGUGGGGUAGGGACGAGCCCAGGCGUGGCGGGGUCUCAGUCUCACGGUGGCGGUGGCGGCGCUGGUGGUGGUCUGGACAGCGCAGGCAAGACAAGUGCCGGAGGGGAGAGGGGGGAAGAGGAGGAGGAGCAGGGGGAGGGGGUGGUGGCGCGCUGCAUUUGCAUCACCGACGGUUCCCUGCAUCAACACAUGCACACUCUCGUUGCUGUGCUGCCGCCCACAUCACUGGCACCAGGGCGUCCGGAGCAGCCAGUGAGAGUGUGCCAGCUGUCAUCGCAAUGUGCUGUGUGCCCCCAAGGGAAGUACCUGCUGUAUCUCUCCACCCGCUGCCUCCCCUCCCACUGCCCUCGCGCCCUGCUGCUGCCCGUGCUUGCUGCCCUCACUUCAUUGCCACACUCCUCCCCCACCACUCAUUCUGCUGCUGCUGCUGCUGGAGGUGUGAGUGAGGGGGGUGGCAGGAGCAAGCAAGCAGAGGGAGUGGGUGCGGAGGAGAAUGGGGAGAGAGGGGUGGGCGGGCAGGGGGGAGGAGAGGGAGAUGAAGGAGGGGAGGAAACGGCGUCAUCCAACCGUAUGGUAUCAGAGCAGGUGGGGUCAGAGGCGGGGGCGGGCGAGGAGCAUGGAGAGGAGGCAGCGGGGAAGGGGAGGCCCACUGCGCUGUGGGCUGUGUUCUUCUCGCAACGCCUGCUGGACACCCGCAGUGUGCAGGUGCCGGAGGGCGUGUUUGCAUGCAGUGCUCCGAGCGACUCCCUGCACCUGCAGUCAGUGGUCGAGGAGGCCCAGCAGAUCUUCACGCGCAUUGCCCCCGGGGAGGAGUUCUUCCCCACCCGCCUGGAUGAGGAGAGGGAUGAUGAGGCACACGGGUUUGACAAAGGUAACUCGGAGGAGCAUGCCAAUGGGGACGGGGAUGGGCAUGGGCAUGGGGAUGGGGAUGAGCAUGGAGAUGAGAGGAGGGUCUAG